AAAUUUCUGCGACUCGUUCAGACGAUCGAAGCUGCUUUCACAGUAUGUCGAGAUAUCGGUGAUGCGGAUCCGCAACGGAUGUCUCCGCCGAAAGUGGCCGAAUACGUUGAAGAGAUAUUCCGAGGCGGUUGUGUGAAAGUUCGUGUCACGUCUGAUGCAAAAGAAAUAGAACGAGAGUAUCCGCUGAUGAUAGCAGUGAAUCGUGCAUCAAUGGGUAUCGAAGCACAUCGUCCUCGUUUGAUAGCUCUUGAAUACAUUCCAGAAGGACCAAUCGAAGAAACGAUUAUGCUAGUAGGCAAAGGUAAUGGUAGAAGGCCAUAUUGUUCCUGUCAGUUACCAGACAAUUCAGCUGGAUUGCAUAGCCAAAUGACUCAGUUGAAGAAUCACUAUUCGCGCAUGAAAUAUUCAAAUAACUACCUAUAA